GCGCUGACCCCUAAAGGAUGUGUGUGGGCUUCACCCAGACAGGCGUAGGCUCCGCCCCCUCUCUGAACUUGACCUUUUACUGGAGUCCCCUAAACAAGCACGAAACAGACUUUCACUGUCGAUGGAUAGAAACGAUCAAUGGCUGCCAGAAGAAAACCUCAGAAGAGUCUCUCCCAUUGCUGGACCAGCUCCUGAUGGAGCUUCACCGCUUCCUGCUCCUCCUGGACAGGGAGACUCUGAGCGGGAACGCCACCGUGCAGAAGGGACUGCUGUCGGAUCUCCUGCUGUCCUACAGAACCCCGAGUGGUGGUGAUGAGGAAUACAUCUACAUGAACAAAGUGGCUGUUUCUGGAAAAGGCAAAGAUAACAAAGGUAAGAGAU